AUGCAACUCCUUCUGACCUUCUCUAUACUUCUCCAUUAACAUUCUCAAAGCAAAUAAUGCAUCUGUGGUGUUCUUACUCGGCAUGAAAUCAUACUGCUGCUCACAGAUGGUCACCUCUUCUCUCAGCCUGGCUUUCACUACUCUUUCCCAUAACUUCAUGGUGUAACUGAUCAACUUUAUUCCCCUGUAGUUACUGCAGGUCUGCACAUCUCCCUUAUUCUUAAAGAUCAGUACCAGCACACUCCUUCUCCAUUCCAACAACUUGUAACUACAAACACGCACUUGUUUAUUUAUAUCUUAACCCCGCCCCCAGCGUUCUGGGCUCUACACCAAUCAGAAUUUACUUCCGGGAUGUCGUCAUCGGCUGAAUCCGGAAGUGUUUAUUGAAGCUACACUGAAAACUUACUUUUAAAUCGAUUACUUUCACACGUUAAUAAAACUGAAUUAAAAAGAUUUAAACGCCAGGUUGAUGGAGGGAAACUCAACUUCAUCGCUGGUCGGUGGUGUAGGAAUCGCUGUCGUGUCCAGUUUCAUUAAUGGCUCCACGUUUGUGCUGCAGAAAAAGGGAAUUUUACGGUCUCGGAAAGCCGGUAGGACUUACCUGUCUGACUGUGUGUGGUGGACUGGAACACUGGCGAUGAUCGUGGGUCAGAUUGGGAAUUUGUUAGCACACAACGCCGCUCCGGCCGUGUUAGUGACUCCGCUCGGAGCGCUCGGGGUUUUGUUCGGAACUAUCCUGGCAUCAUGGCUCCUACAGGAGCGGUUGGAGCUUCUGGGUAAACUGGGUUGUGUUUUGUGUUGCUGUGGAUCUGUGAUUCUCAUUAUUCACUCCCCGAAGUCCCACAGCGUGGCGUCAAGGGUGGAGUUCCAGGAGAGACUUCUGGACCCAGUGUUUCUGAGCUACAUCACCCUGGUGCUCCUGCUGUUGGUGCUGCUGAUUUUCUGGCUCUCUUCAGCGUACGGAAAGUCCAACAUCAUGGUGUACGUGGGAAUCUGUUCCCUGUUGGGAAGCUUCACGGUGCCGAGCUGUAAAGGCCUGGGUCUGGCUGCGAAGGAGGCGUUCGGCAGAGACCCGUCUCCCGAUAACGGGGCUCUGUUCCUUUUCCUGUGCUUGCUGGGAAUUCUCCUCAUCAGCAUCCUCACCCAGUUCACCUUCAUCAACAGAGCCUUGGAGAGCUUCAGCUCCAACGUUUUCGAGGCGGUGUAUUACGUCACGUUCACGUCCUCGGUCAUCCUCGCUACUGCCAUCUUGUUUAGAGAGUGGGAAUCGCUCGGAACUCUGGACUGUUUGGGGAUUUUAUGUGGAUUCGCUACAAUAGCAGUAGGAGUGACGUUGUUACGCAUAUCUCAGGAUGCCGUGCUCACGUGGACUUCACCCAAAAACAAAGAGGCCUAGUUCAUAAUUUUUAAUGACGCAUUUCUCCUCAGAGCUUCAACAUUUCACCUGUUCAUUUCAACUAUUUUUCACUCAUCAGUGUUAUGGCACAGCACCCCCUGCUGGUCAUGGUGUAUUAAUUACAUACAUGCACUCGCGCACGCACACACACACACACACACACACACACACACACACACACACACACACUUCCCUCUAUGAAAACAUUUUGGGAUUCUAACCUGUGAUUAAUAAAAUAAUAAGUUUAGCUCA